AUGGUUUACUUCUUUCUAUACCUCAUGCUCCAGAUCGCCCUGUUUGGUGCUUGGGUAUCGGGUGCCUUGGACCCCUACCAGAAAAAAUGCCAGGAGAUCAUCUUAGAUGCCAUGGGGGAGAAUAAAAUCUCCUACGGCAUGAAACGUAUGUCGCUUGCUCAUCAGUUGGAGCUGUACAAGGUGCUGAUGUUUCAAAAAGGAAGCUUGACAGGGAAGAAACUCUCAGAAGAUGAAAAUCUGAGCAAGAUUCAAGAUCAGCUUGGCAGUCAGCUGGGAGGAGUCUUCGGCAAAGGAGGUCCUGCAGGAGGAAUUGGUUCGGUUCUGAGCAAGAGUCUUUAA